AUGGGCGAUGACGAUAAGAACGCAAAACGAAAACUGAAAAAUCGUACGGUGAAAGUCGACCUCCAAAGAUAUAAGGACGAAGGACAACAGCUUACCUACAUAGACGAUACUUCCUGUACAAACGGAAAAGGCCAGGAACAGAGGAAGGAGAAGUUAUUGAUGGUCCCUGCUCUGUGGCAUCGUUUAUAUCUUCCGCACGUACAGUCACCACUUGAAUGCGUGCAAAUGGCGCACGCGUUAAGGCGCAUCUCGUACGCAACCUGUGAACCUCAGCACGCUCAAUUCAGCUUCCUUGCACGAGAACCGAGAGCACACUUCAGCAUACAAUAUUGUCAUUCGUUCAUUACCGAAUCUGCACAACAGGCCGAGGAGUUGAACACCCUUGUUGGCAAUGCUUUUCGUAUGGCAUACGUGGCGCAACUUCAGCGCCAACCGAUCCUUCAGGAUGUGAUCUCACCGCAGUCAUCGCCACCCUAUCGCAAAGACAAACAGGAGACUCGGUCCUCGUGGAACAAAUCGCUGGUUGGCGACAGCUCGAUCGCCGGCGUUGGAGGUGGUUGCAGAAAUUCAUCCUCGAAUUCGUGGCUAAAAAGUCGAACGUCGCCCACGUCCAGAACUGGAAGCGGUUCGUCUACGGCGGACAUGAACGUACAGCUCGGCAGCGCCGGCUCGCCCACGCUGCGACUCGCGAGCGUGAAGACACCAAACUCGAUCCCUGGUCUACGACCGACGCACAACUUCACCAACGUUCUCGGGCCCAUAACAAACGAGGACGAACCAAAGAGUAUCUCGCAACAAAGUACACCGAGCAGCGACGAGAGCAACUCGCCCACAGAACUUAACUCGUACAAGAGGCUAACGGACAAGCCGCCUCUGAUAAAGCGGCUGGCGAUGGGUUUGACAGGUGGACGUGACGUUCUUGGGUUAAACGGUGAGGAUGACAGCUGCCCCCUCGUCAGCGGUAGCAGCACGCCGACGAGCCCCUCGAAUAGGCCGCAUUCUGGGGGUUACAUAAACGAGACGAUUAUCGACUCGGAGGGCACCAGGCCGACCUACAACAAAAUACCCCCGUCCGAAAGUUUGGAUAACACUAUCAAUGCGUCCAUCACCGCGAAAAACUACAACAUUGAGAACAAUAGGAUAGGCCACAAUUUCCCAAGUUCAGGAACGGAAACAGAAUUUAAGUCAAAGAGAAGAUCUCAAAUCAGUACAUCGAGCAGUUCGGUACCUGCUGACGGAAGUACUCACGGAUCGACACCAACACCUCCACCCUUACCUGAAAGAACGGACAGCUUGAAUAAUCGCUGCGAGGAAGCCGAAUUGCGUAAAGCUCCGUGGUUUCAAGCUGGAAUACCAAG